AUGAUCCAAACGGUAGGUUCUGAUGAAUAUGAUCAAAAUGAUGAGUUACAAUUCAAUAAUAACAAAUUUAUUUAUCCAUUGUCUUUUGUUUUAGGUUGUUAUCGAUAUCAUCCAAAUGAGUUUUGUGUAUCGUUUAUUAAAAAAUCUGAAGCAGCUGAAAUUAUGAAAGAAAAACUUGAACAAUACUUACCAAAAUUUAAAUUGGAACAAGUAGAAGAUGAUAAUUCAUUAAAAUCGAGUAUAACUAUUCGUAAUCACUCGAGCCGAAUUCAACACCAGAUCAAAGUUGUCGAUCGCAAGUUAUUAAAUAUAUCUGUAGUAAGUAAAUAA